AUGAAACGUCGACUUCGUACAAAAGUUUGGUGGCCAGGAAUUGACCGUGACUCAGAAGAUGUGUGUAGGAAGUGUCAUCCAUGUCAAGUCGUUAGUCAACUAUCACCACCAGAACCAAUAAAAAGCACUGACUUACCCAAAGGUCCAUGGCAGCAAUUUGGAGCUGAUUUACUGGGUCCUUUACCAUCAGGAGACUAUUUAUUUGUCGUCGUAGAUUACUACAGUCGAUAUGUAGAAGUGGAUAUCAUGAAGAAGACAACAAGUGACAGAAUUGUGAAGAGUCUUCAUAGGAUGUUUGCGACACAUGGAUUACCCUUACAAAUAGUGACAGAUAAUGGACCACAGUUCAUAAGCAAUGAAUUCAAAGAUUUCAUGGAGCAGGAGGAUAUUGAACAUAGCAGAGUUACUCCUCUUUGGCCUCAAGCUAAUGGGGAGGUGGAGAGGCAAAACAGAUCCAUUCUUAAGCGAUUGAAAAUUGCCCAGAUAGAGAAGAGGAAUUGGCACGAUGAGCUCUCUGACUAUUUGACAAUGUAUAGAACAACUCCGCAUUCCACUACAGGAAUCAGCCCGUCAGAAAUGUUAUUCAAGCGGAAGAUUCGCACAAGAUUACCAAUGUUAGACACCAUGUUAUAUGACCCAGAUGACUUGGACCAGGAAGUCCGUGACCAUGAUGCAGAGAAGAAAGGUACUUCAAAAUACAACGCUGAUAAAACUCGUCAAGCUAGGGAGAGUGAAAUUGCAGAGGGAGACGCAGUUCUUUUGAAACAACAUGCGGAAAAUAAACUUUUACCAACCUUUAAAUGUGAACCAUACCAGGUUGUGUCCAGAAGAGGAAACAGUGUUACUGUACAAAAAGAUGGGAUUUAUUAUAAGCGGAACAUUACACAUGUCAAGAAGUACGAACAGGAACAGGACUCUCAUACAAGAGAACCGUGUGAAAAUUUGAAGUACAAUGAUGUGAAUGAAGACCGUGAUGAUUACAGAGAACCAGCAAUCUUGAAUGACGAUGAUCGCGCAACAGACGAUGUGAAAUUGCGUUCGACCCGAGUGACGAAAUUACCUAGCAGAUUUGUUGACUUUGUGAUGACUUAG